AUGCAAUCCCAGGCAGCCGUCAUGGAGACGCUGAUGAAGAAAGACAUCCAGCUGCAGAAGAUGCAGCACGCCAUCGACUGGUACAACGGGUACAAGCAGCACCGCGAGAAGGUCGACCGCGUGGUGUGCGCCAACCUCUCAUCCUCAGACCGGUUGAACCCUACCCUGCUCACCAAGGUCGAGAGCGAGCUUUUCUCACCCGACAAGCGUUACCAAGAGUACAAGCCACCGGAGGACCUUCUCCCGCGGCUUGCUUUCUCGGACGUCGUCUCUCUCGACACCGCGGAGCUAGCCCUCCGCAUCACCAGGAUCGAGGAGGAGAUCGAUGCAUGCAAGAAGCAACCAGCCUAUCGCGCCAUGAUGCAAGAGCUGAAUGAUGCCUUGAAGUAG